UCGGCUUUAUUCACGUGUUGCAACCAACCCGGAAAACCAUACCACCCGUUGAUUUAAGCAGAAUUCCUUUCCAGUUAACGAGUUUCUCUUUGGAUUUAUUAUUAUUGUUAUUUUUUACUAUCUGGUGAUUUAAUUUUUUUAAAUUACAUCGCAUGGCAAGCAGAGCUCCACACGGUCGUCAAUGAUACGAAUUUUAAAGAACGUCAGAAAGCUGUCCACUGCUCCAAUGACAGCAAAAGAAUUGUCUGUGCCAGUCCCCUGGGGGGAGAUCCGAGGCAAAGUUUGGGGUCCUGAUCAUGGCCGUCCGGUGCUCUGCCUGCAUGGCUGGGCUGACAACUGCGGCUCCUUCAACGCUCUCAUUCCUCUUCUACCUAAAGAGUGCAGAUACGUGGCGGUGGACCUGGCAGGUCACGGACGGUCUUCGCAUCGCCCCCCUGGCGUCUUUUACGCCUUCCCUUCGUAUGUGGCCGACGUUCAAAGAGUUGUUGACACCCUCCGAUGGCGCAGAUUCUCCAUCUUGGGCCACAGUAUGGGGGGAAAUAUUGCUGGAAUGUUCAGUGCUCUUUUCCCUGAGAUGGUGGAAGCUUGUGUCCUGCUGGACUCUUACGGAUUCCUACCCACUGAUCCGAAACAAUUGUCCAAAAUAAUGCGGCGGGGCAUGGAUGACAUGCUCCAGUUUGAAAAGAAGCCUGAAAAGAGUGAGCGAGUUUACACCUACGAGAAAGCUCUUGAGAGGUUGUUGGCAGCAAAUCCUUCUCUGUCCGAGACCUCGGCGUGCCACCUUUUAGAACGCGGUCUGCUUCAAGUGGAAGGAGGGGUGGUCUUCUCACGCGACUUCCGGAUUAAUCUGAAAAACGUCGCUCGUAUCACCUUGGAGCAGAGUCUGGAGCUGCUCUCCAGGAUUGAAGCCGCCGUUCUGGUGGUUCUUGCCGAUGAAGGCUUCGAGAAAAUGUUUGCAGAACCGGACCAAAAGAAAUUUACAUCUGAGCUUCUGCAGGGCUACAGACGCAAAAAUCACUCGGUGGUGAAGGUACCCGGCGGCCAUCACGUCCACUUAACCAACCCCGAGUCGGUCGCGCCGCCGGUGUCCGAAUUCCUCCGCGCCAAAGUCUUGUCGUCGACCGUCAAAGCCGACGGACUCGCCACUAAGCUGUAGGAAGGACGCGUCGUACAAUUCUGCUUUCGAUGUAAUUACUGGUGUAAUAAAGCUGAAUGUG